AUGCCUGACGCACAUACAGCCCCGAUUUCAUAUUGGUCCGGUCCUGGGAUCAUCCAGGGAUUUAUCACAAUCCCCAAAUCUUCCAAGUUGUCCCCGGAAAUAUUCGAGAAAUGGUUUGAUGAGGUCUAUGUUCCUGAUCUGCUUGCUACUGGUAUCGUGAUUUCGUCAUGGCGAUUCAAGGCGGCCGACCCUAAGUACGGCAAGCCGAAAAUGUUCAUCCAUAAGUGCCCUGACUUAUCCCCGGUGCAAGCCGGAAAACUUCAUGAGGUCAAAAUUGCCAGCGACAUGUUCCCGACUAACGGAUCUGUUUACGAUUUCAUCGAAUCCGAAACGAAUAUCUUCUCCCUGGUUCAGCUUUAUGAGACAGUAAAACAGCACGAAGAUGCUGCUACAACCGUGAUAAUGGCCGCCAUGGAGCCAUCACCGGGCGGAGAGGCCGAGUUGGACGCUUGGUAUCGGGAGGAGCACAACCAGCAGAUGUCUGAGCAGCCGGGCUGGAAACGGACCACUCGAUUUAACCUGCUACUUCAUCAUAAGAGCGAUGGAAAGCCAACGGAGCCUCUCUCUUUCCUAGCAAUCCACGAAUUUGGGGAAGGUCACAAGAUUGGAAAAGAUGUGGUUCCCUUGGAUCCGAUGACAGAUUGGACGAAGAAGUGCAUGGCUGAAGCGAGGGUGAUUGAUGCGGCGGUGUAUACAAAAGUGAAGACGUUUGGGGAGGCUGCGGCGAGCUCGUAA